AUGGCUCCACGAACUGCACUGCACCUUACCCUUGCCUUGGCUGUUGCCAUGACAGGCGAAUUUGCUUUGGGGUUCACUCCAAAGGCAAACACCAACAUGCCCCCAUCUCCUGCCAGUUCCACCAGCUCAACAACUACAAACUCGGCCGAUUCUGUGGUUUCUCAACACAUGCUUAGCAGCUUUGGCCUUGAGAGCGAGAGAGGGGACAAGACUCAAGUCUUUUCAAAUUCCGUCUUGGCCAGUUGUGACAUUCUCCCAUCCUUUCGAACCGCGCACGGUAUCCUUUCACCCGAAACGGUUUCUCGCAUGGCGGAAAACACUGAUUUUGGAGAAGGCAACCAAGCUGUCUCCAGAUUUCUUUCCAGAUACCAAGAGACCGGACCCAUGUCUUGUCUAGAUAUGCUUUCGGACGCUGACAUUCUUCCGCAUUUGACUCGCGCGAUGAGAGAUAUUCUCUAA